AUGUCGAUGCUCUGGGAUCUAGUCGACGCAUUUCGGCCGCAGGCUCAAUCCGCGAGGUCCUCCUCAGGACCUCAUCGCCAUCACAGCCGUCACAGCCAACAUCGCCAGCAUCGGCCCCGCGAAGACGAUGAAGCCUUGCGCAGAAGGGAAGCACUCAGACAGACAGCAGACGAGACCCAGGAUGUCCUCCCGGGGCUCCUAACUCACCUCAACCGGGCCAGCGACGCCCGUCACUCGGAGAAACUGGCGUUCAACUCCCUCCGUACCCUCCACCCCAACGACUGUCCGCAUUUUCCCACACCAGCCACGAUCAGAGUCAUCAACGAUGAUACCCUCAACGUCGCAGUCAGACUGGCUCACAGCCACAGCGCUUCGCACACGAACCCGCGCCCAAUAAUCAUCAACUUUGCCAGCCACAAGAAGCCAGGCGGGGGCUGGCUCAACGGCGCCAUGGCCCAAGAGGAAUCCAUCUGCUAUCGGAGCUCACUGGCGCUCAGCCUCCACCGGAGGGACUACCCGCUCGCCCUGGACGAUGCAAUUUACAGCCCCUACGUGCUUGUCAUGCGGGGGGACCUGGCCUCUGGCCACAACCUGCUCGUCUCACCAGCAAAUCCGCCCGAGAACCUCCCCGUCGUCAGCGCCAUCACCAUCGCUGCCCUCUACCGGCCCGCACUUCGCACGCUAGUUCUGAGUCAACCGAAUCCCCCGCGACAGCGGGGGAUCCUGGGCCAUGCCUCACGCUCGCACCCCAGCUCCCAUUUACCCCCCGCCUCACCCGCUCCCUCGCGCCGCAGAACACACCAAGUCUUUGCGCGCGACAGAGAUCGCAACCUCACCAAGGCGAAGAUGAGGCUAGCGCUACGCAUCGCAGCAACCAACGGGCACGGGAUGCUGGUCCUCGGAGCACUCGGCUGUGGUGUCUACGCGAAUCCGCCCGACGAGGUCGCAAAUUGCUGGCUGGAGGUGCUGAGGGAGGCGGAGUUUCGGGGGAACUGGUGGCGCGAGGUGUGUUUUGCUGUCUACGAUCCAAAGAACGAGGGGAAUUUUGCAAUUUUUGAGAAGGCGUUGGCAGGGAAGAAGGUCUAA